AAAUCCAUAUAGAGCUAUACGGUGGUUACAUUUUGUGUCAUAAAGCAGAAGCUGGAAAACCAGUGAGAUCUCUGUUUUAACCUCUUCCUAUCUGAGUCAGAAGUUGGCCAGGUUUUGAGCACUUCACAAGAGAAGGAGGGAUCAGACUUCUUGGAUACAGGAGGACCCACAAGCAGCUCCAAAAACUGAGGAAGGGCAAAAAGUCAUUCUGCCUAAAUUUUCCUGGGAGCUGUCAGAGAGAGGCAUCCUCUCACGGAUACCAGAAGUAGCAACCGCUCACUUGAACAUGAUUGCAUGAGAUUUUAAAGAUACUGACUCUUCAAAAGAUAACACAAUAUCAGAAGAGGAGUUCUGGAAUGUUUGUAACCAACAUUUUCAGCAUCUGACAGAAGAGCAAAUACGUGCUCUGAUUUUUUGGCUCUGUAUUUCUCACCAAAACUUCUGACUACGAGCUGCAGACAGGAGUGGGGCCUGCUUGCAAUUAUAUCAGAGAGUCUAUACGGUCUGCUGUAUUAUCAAGCACUGCUGUGCAUGGUUUGAAAAUCUUUGGAACACAGUGGAUGACAGUAUUGGUGGAUGACUGAAAUAUCAGGAAUUUUUAAAGGAAUUCAGCUCAGAACACAUAACAAUGUCAUCAACCACUCCCAGUGCUACCCAUCCUGAGACUUCUACCAAGCCAGAUACCUGCACAUCUUCUCUGCCUGAACAUCCCCAGACAUCUUCUUCUCUAGUGGGGCAGAAGAGUACAUCAACAUCGAGCCGUCCUCAGACAACAGCAGCAUGUUCUGCGCCUGUCCCUAACUGUGAAGAAAUAGAAAAUAGGAUAAGAAAGAAUAUCCGAUGUUCCUGGAGAGACAUGCUGAAGCUGUGUGAAGAGAAGGAUGUCAGCAAGCUAGGAGAAAUCCCAGUGUCUGACUUCCUAGAUAUAGCAGAGAAGUUCCAUUUGGAUUUAAGCAAAGAAGAAAUUAACCAAGUGACAACAAAAUACGAUAUCAAGAAAAAUGGCAAAUUUGCAUACUAUGACUUCCUUCAGAGCUGUAUCUUGUUGUUAAAACCACAAAAAAGCACACUGCUACAAAGAGUGAUUAUACCGAAGCCACAAAAUCUGAUGAGUCCUGGACCACAAUCCAUGUUGUUCUAUAGCACAAUGCUGAGAAUUCAGCCCCAAAUCUUGCACUGUUGGAGACCAAUGAAGCGCACUUUUAAAUCCUAUGAUGAAAGUCGGACUGGACUGUUAAAUGUUGCAGAUUUCAGACAAAUUCUUCAUGAAUACAAAAUCAACCUAUCUGAAGAAGAGCUGUUUAACAUUUUGGAAUACUACGAUAAAACUCUAUCUUCAAAAAUAUCCUAUAAUGAUUUUCUCCGGGCAUUCUUACAGUAGAAUUUGGUCAAAUGCAGGAAACUGUAGAUAAAGACAGUGACGGAUUUAUAAUUUCGAAUUUCAAACUAAUAAAUUAAUUGAGAAUGGCUUUUUAUAUCUAUUCAUUAGAAAACUCAAAAUACGUUAAAAUUCUGACAUAGUGGUCCUGCGUUGUGGAUUAAAUCUACAUAGUGAGGGAAUUAAUUUUGCAUAAUCCAUUUAUCAAAAAAGAGGCAACAAUUAACAUUGUCAAAAUAAGGCUUCUUAAGACAUCUCCAAAAGCUAUUCUUUUAAGAAAACUCUUCAAUUUUACAUGUUUUAUUAAUGUCAUACUCUAAUUUCAGUAAAAAGGUUUACAAGGCAUGCUAUUCAAUUUCCUCAAUUGUAAUUUUCCAAACAUAUUACUUUUAGUAUGUUAGCCAUCAUUAUUCAAAAAGAUCAUCCCAUUUCUCAGUGCUUCUUUUUUCUGUACUUAUAGCAUUGUAUUUGUCUUGUCAAGGACAUUAAUUUGGAAUGGCUAUUGAAAUCUGAGAAGAUGCCAACAGUGAGUUGACACCACACCUUAUUAUAUUAAAACUGUUCUUCUACAUCUUUCAACAGCUUAGAAAAGAAGACACCAACAAACACUGGUUCCUUAAUUGCAGUGUUAACCCAUUGUUAGCCAUAAGGUUUUAUUUUUUACAGUACAGAUAUAAAUUAAACAAAUUGCAAGUAAACCAUUUGGUUAGAUUUCCCAGUUCUAGCAUAAUUCUGUUUGAAUAUCUUGUGAGAUACUUAGGGAUUGGGAAGGAAAUUAAAAGGUAAUUGUUUUGACUGUUGAACUCCUGAGAUAAUUAAAGGACAUGAUCAUCAGAGCUUGCUUCCUGGCACUGUAUCAACAACUAAACAAUUACCUGAACUGAAAACUUGUUAGGUAAAUAUGUCACUCUUGUGUUCCUGAAUUAAUAUUCACUGGUACACUGGAAAGAUCUGUCCUUAUCAUCUGUAUUUACUUGGUAUCACUCUUCCCCCAAAGUAGAAAUAAGUUUUAAAGUAUUAAUAGAGGAAAAGAAGGAGCAAGCUGUGUGCUUGUAGAAGCACAUACAUACACACACACACACACAAAUAUCUAGAAGUCUUUCAAAUGGAAAUGAAAGAACAUAAUCCUGUUUUUCUUACCAUUUAUAGUAAACAUGUGAACAACUGGUAUGAAUCUGAAAGAUUCACAGCACAGGCCACUUGAAUGCGGUCGCUCAGAGGGUGGUGGAACAUGUUGCCCAGUGAGGUUGUGGAUGCCCCAUCCCUGGAGGCAUUCAAGGCCAGGCUGGAUGUGACUCUGGG